CUUGUUCUUUGAUAAUGGAUGCUCCCGAAGAUUCCUCUCACUAUUUCACCGAUUUCACCUUAGCCGAGAUUGUAGACAUGGAGACUCUGUUCAGGGAGCUCGGUGAUCAAUCUCUUCUCAAAGACUUUUGUCAAACUGUUGCCUCCUCUUUUAGUUGCUCAGUGAAUCGGAAUGGAAAAUCGUCAAUUACAUGGAAACAAGUACAGGGUUGGUUUCAAGGGAGGCUAGAGAAGGAAAACCAACGCAAAUCCAAGACUGUGCCAUCUUCUCCUUUGCAGAUUGUUGACUUAUCAAAUCUCGGUGGUGUCAGAGAUGCUGGAAAUCAUGAAAAUGUUACCUCUGGUCAAAGAGAAAAAGGUAAGGCCUCUGAUGUGUCUGAUCUCGCUUUUGAGGCUAAAUCUGCAAGGGAUGACGCGUGGUUUGACGUGGCUUCGUUCAUAACUUAUAGAUAUCUUCGCACUGGUGAACUGGAAGUGCGUGUCCGGUUUUCUGGGUUCGACAACCAACACGAUGAGUGGGUGAACGUGAAAACUUCAGUGCGUGAGCGGUCCAUUCCUGUAGAACCAUCGGAGUGUGGGAGAGUGAAGGUUGGUGACCUGCUUCUGUGUUUCCAGGAUAGGGAGGAAGAAGCACUGUACUGUGAUGCUCAUGUUGUGAAUAUCAAGAGAGGGGUUCAUGAUCAUAGGAGUUGUAACUGCGUGUUUUUUGUUCGCUACGAGUUUGACGAUACAGAGGAACCGCUGGGACUAGAAAGUAUUUGCCGUCGUCCUGAAGAGUGAAUUUGUUUUGGUCAUGAAGUAAUCUUUAGAACCAGACUCACUGAUACUCGGUAAACUAUGACUAGAUCGUAUAUAGCUGAACUAAGGGUCCCUGCGACUGUGUUAGUUUUUGCUGUCAAUAAUGUGAACUCAAGUCCAAUGUAACAAAACCUAAAUGCUUAAGCAGUUUAGUUUCCACUUGACACUUUCGUUGCAAUUUCCAAUAGAGUGGAGAGCCAAAGUUUGUUUUAUCCAUAACCUCUGAUGAAGGAAAUACAAAAAUACAUGGAUUAUCUUGUGGUCAAAUACAAAAACGUUGUAACUGGGACUACAUGAUGAACUUCAGUGUCUAAGUCUUAUUCUUUUGGGCAAGACACCACAUUGCUUGUAAAAGACGCAAACCAGUUCUUAUCUGAUUCUUCUAAACAAUAGAUGUGGUACUCACUCCUUCCACACAUUGUUUUAUUUGGCUACGACAAUAACAUCUGACUCAAGAACAGUAGAAGCUAAGGAACUAACGGAGGUUUAGCCAUCUCCUCAACCGGGAAGCCACUCCCUGAGGAGGAGGGGGAGGUGGAAUAAGAAGAUCAAGAAU